CUCACUCUCUACAACGCUCUGCUUCUCUUGCAUGUGAUCCCAACCUGCGAGUCUCAGCUGGGAAGGAUCGGUUGUUUGAAUUCCAUUUCAUGCAUUCGGUUGGUGUGAAAUACUUUGAAGCUUCGAUCGAGACUCGAGUGUUUUUUUUUUUUUUUUUUUUUUUUUUUUUGAUUCUGGUAGUUCUACUGAUCAUCGAUUGACUGUUUGGGGAGUAUAUGCCAGGUUUGGGAUUGUCAGAGUUCAUUUGCCACUGCAGGGUUGCUGGAUCCCGGGAAUAUGCGCAGCUGAAUGCGGUUUGGAGUUAGAUUUCCCGAUCGAUGCUGGUUUUUGGCGAUUUCAGAAUAAAAAGUCCAAUUUGGUUUGUUGCGGGAUAUGCACAGCUAGGUGAAUUUUGUUGCGGGAUUUGAAUUCCCAGUGUAUUUUCUUGUGACGAGAAUCGUCUGUGCGUGUGUGAGAGAGGGAGAGGGAGAGGGAGAGGUAGAGAAAGAACACAAAAGGUUGAGAUGGGAUCUGAAAGCCGGACCAAGCUAGUUGUGCACUUCAGAUUCUAUCAAUGCGCACUGAGCCCUCAUUUCUAAACUUUGACGCAUACGGCGUCGGAACGGAUUGUGCUUCUCGAGUACAAGUGAGCAGGGAUUGGUUCUAUCGUUGUAUUGGUCCAGAGCCCUGACAUGAGAGAGAUGCACAGAUUCUCCGCACCUUGGGAACUUGGCAGAGUGACGUAGAAAGAGAAAAUUGCCCAAGUCCAGGUCUAUCUCUCUCGUCUCUAACGUUAUAACUCCAGAAGAUGGAUCUCCCAGGCGCCUACUCCGUCGCCAUCUUAGCGGUCCUUUGCAGUGCCAUUAUGAGGCCUUUCGCAGCCGCUCAAAAUGGAGGUCCUCUCGCAGUGCGAAUUGCGUGUGGCUCUACUGCUGAUUCAAUUGCAAACGAGACCGGAUACGUGUGGUCGAAAGACUUUGGCUUCAGCGGGGGCAAGGGCGCCCCUACGAAAGCAGUGAACGGAAUUGCGACACAUCUCAACUCGCUUCGUUACUUUGAUAGCUUAGAUGGACCUCAGAACUGCUACAACAUCAGCGUCCCGAGUGGACAUUAUUUAACGAGGUUUUUCUUCACGUUCGGAGAAACCGAUAACGCAGGACAGGAACCCGUUUUUGAAUUGUCCUUGGAGGGUACGUUGGUGUACUCGUUAGCCCCGGGAUGGAGUUCAUAUGACGACAAUCACUAUGGAGAUUCGCUUCUUCACAUAACGGACGGGUCUGCGACCGUUUGUUUUCACCGCUCCAGUCAUGGAAACCCCGCCAUUGGUUCUAUUGAGAUUUUGCAGUUAUACGUGGAUGCCUACAAUUUGGGAUCAUCUGCGAAUUUGAACGUAAUCAUGCGGACCAUCAAGAGAGUGACAGCGGGUGCUGCGGAAUCUGGAUAUGGGUCGCGGAUGCACGCCGACGCGUGGGGUGGCGAUCGUUAUUGGGCUACAGACCGAACACUCUUCGCCCCAGGAUCUCCGACUACUAUGCUGCACACAAAUGCCAACAUCAGCAAUUUCGGCAAUCCGCCGAAUAUUUACCCUGAGGCGAUUUAUCAAACUGCUACCACGACGGGGCCACUCAGCAUACUCUCGUACAGUAUCUCUGUGCCGUCGAAUCAGAACUACUCGAUUUGGCUGCACUUCGCGGAGAUUGAACCAGGGGUCAUUGCCCCUGGCAUGCGAGUGUUUGAUGUAAAGGUCAAUGACGAUUACCUGUUUCAUGCUGUGGAUAUCGUAAAGAUGGCGGGAGCACCAUUCCGAGCCCUCAUCCUGAACAAGACGAUCCCCGUGGCCAGCAACACCUUAAAACUCAGUUUCAUUCCUCUCGUGGGGUCAGUUUCUGUAAACGCAUUUGAAGUCUUUCAGAUUAUCCCGCGCGAGUAUGCUACCUUAGACGACAAUGUGUGGGCGCUUCAGGCCAUCAAACAGAGCCAGGAUUUACCUACACGUUUAGGAUGGAACGGAGACCCUUGUGUUCCUCCGGUGCACCCUUGGAUUGGUGUUAAGUGUUCGUUUGAAUCGGUUGUCGGGGCUUGGUUUGUUUCUUCCCUAGCUUUAGAUCAACAGGGAGUACGAGGCCAGCUUGGUGAUGGAUGGGUGGGGUUGAAUCAUCUUCAAUCGCUGAACUUGAGCAACAAUAUCUUGGAUGGAGUGAUUCCCUCCUCGUUUGGCAACCUGACUAUCCUUACCUCUUUGGACCUCUCGCAUAAUCGUCUUAAUGGACAAAUCCCUGCCAGUCUUGGACAACUCUCUAACCUCAAGCAAUUGUUGCUGAAUGACAACCUAUUAAGUGGAGAGGUGCCGCCGGAAUUGGGAGCCCUUCCAAUCCGUGGUGCGGUUCUAAACGUUGCCAACAAUCCUGAUCUAUGCGGCGUUGGAAUACGAUCGUGCACGAAGGCCUAUGUGAAGUUAGGUCUUAUGAUUUCGCUCGUUGUUGGCCUCUGUGUUCUUGCUGCUGGUAUUAUCUUCCUUUGGAGAAAGCGCAAGGCCAAUUCCCGAGGGGCUCAACGACUCCCUCGAGAUGCACCGUAUGCCAAGGCACGCACAACAUUUGUGCGCGAUGUGCAGAUGGCCAGGAACGUGCUUCAGAAUCACUUUAGUCGGCCUGCGCCUGCUUACACGGAGGCUACUCCCCUAAAUCCCUACUGAAGGAGCUUGUGUUUCAUUCGCUCCUGUAUUAUUGGAUUUUAUCAAAUAGAUGUGCACCAGCAGCAAGUCUGCUAUCAACACUCCUUAGUCCAACGUCGGACUUCAAUGACCCCUUAUCCUCCAGCGACACGAUGCACAAGUUUGGUUUUAUUCCAGUUUGGCGAACUCUCUCAGGUUUGGAAAUUUCGCACUGUUCCGUAAACUUGAGAAUUUUCUGAUCAUUUUCGCCUCAUCUGUCGGAGAGAGAUAGAUGUAGGUGUUCUCGGUAAGUUGCAGCGUUCAAUGCCCUCUAGAAUUGAAGGCAAACCCCUGAAGUUAUUACUCCCAUAGCUUAGAAUUCAUAGAAAAUACAUGAUAUGUUACACACGCAGACGGAAUUAAUGUCCGCAGAAGUGGAAUACAGAGAGUUCUCUGUAUUGAGAAAUCUACAGACCAACUUGUAACAA